AUGCAGGCCCAACUGCGAGAGAUCAGUUCCAAAUUUCACCAAGCCACCAGUUCGGCACCUGAGAUCGACCGCGUAAUCCAGGAAGCACAAAAAACACUGUUCACUUCCCGGAUCACCAACGUCCCCGUCCCUAACCUGGAAAAGUUUAAACUGCGUUCGUACGAAGGGAACUCAGACCCAAGGCAUUUCCUUACCUUGUUCGGCAUCGUGAUCAACCGAUUGAAGUUCACCUCGGCCGAGCAGAAAGACGCGAUUCAAUGCCAGCUGUUCGUCGAGCACCUCGAAGGCAUAGCUUUGGAUUGGUUCUCAAGAUUGGAAGCCGACUCCAUUGAUAACUACAAGGAGCUCUCGACUAAGUUCGCAAAACAUUUUUCGAUGUUCAUUGGGCAGAAAACCCGUAACUCCGAGCUGUGGGAGAUAUCGCAGGGUGAAAACGAAUCACUCCGAGACUUCAUGGCGUGUUUCAAGCAGAUCGUGGCGCAUUGCACGGUGGACGACGAAGCCGCCCUCGAAGCUUUAUACCAGAAAACAUGGUACAAGUCACCCUUCCACAAAGAGCUUCGCAGGAACAGACCGCUCACCCUCGAGGACGCGCUUCAUAAAUCCAACAUCUUCAUCGCGGAAGAAGAAGAAGAGGCCGCCAAGGAUCGGCAGUAUUCAACGACAAAGCCCGGCCAGACUUUGACCGCAAAGGAUAAUUCGGAAACAAAAGUCCAGUCCGGCAAACCGCGCGGAGUAGUGAACCAGGCAGGACCGUCAAAUCAAAAGUCAGGACGGCCGCCAAAAUCUUGGAACACAUGGCAUAAAGAUGACGAUACGCCGUUAAGCGAACGUUUUUGCGAAUAUCACGAGCGAUAUGGGCAUAGCACAGAGGAAUGCCGACAUCUGAGGGACUUCUUACUUCAACAGUUCCGCAAGGGCGAGAUCGACACCGCAGACCUGCCUAAACCGGGACCACGGCGACCAAACCCCCGACCAAACAAACCCGGCAAUCAAGAGACUACUAAGGCAGCCGACUCUGAUGAAGAACAGGUUGUGCCCCCUAAGCGAGACCGCGAAACACCGAAUAGAGAAACGAACGUACCUAAAACUAGGAAGAAGGUCAAUAUCAAUAUGGGAGCCCUCGAAUCAUGCAAUUAUUCCGUUCGAGCCCUCAAAGAGUACAGCCGGCAAGCAUCGAGUUCGUAA